GGAGUCCUCUUACCCCUGUGUGUGCCCAUCCCAGGAAGAGCUUGUACAAGACCAUAUGUGCAUGUGUGUGUGUGUGUGAGAGAGAAUGUGUGUGUGAGUGUGAGAAAGUGUCUGUGUGUUUCUGUGUGUGUGUGUGCUCCAACUUCCAAGAAGCAAGUGUUAGGUGCCUGCCUACCUUGUGGUCCUGCUUCUCUCUGUAACCAUGUAAGGCUGAGGUGUGUAUUUGUGUACCCAUUAGUUGUGAGUGGCGGAGACUGUGUCUGUUGGACCCUGUGGACAUGUUUUGUUUUUUUGUUUGUUUUGAGACAGAACCUAUAGCUCUGGCUUGUCUCAAACUCACUCCUUAGUCCAGGCUGGCUUAGAAUCGCGGUACUCCCGCUUCAGGCUCCUGAGUCCAGCAUUACCAGUGUGGACGGGCUCACCAGCUGUGUUCUGUACAUCUUAGGUUUUUCCGAAAAUCUUCGGGUUUUCCUAGGCUAUGCCUGGGUUGUGUGUACAUGGUGGGGUGUGAUCUGUGAACCUGGGCUCUGGCUAGGUAUAUUCAGUUCUAAGAACAUUCCGUGCUGUCCCUCAAAGAGGCGUCUGCCGCUCCCAGGUGUCCCUACGUGUGUGGCCGCCACCCCCUUCGUCCGGCGGGUGUACGCCCCAAGGCCCCCCUCGCACCUUCCCUGUCUGUGGCCCGCGUGCCUUUGUGCGCGCGUGCUCCCGCCGAGCCAGAAGGGCUGCAUGCAUCCCAGGUCCCUGCCCGCGCCCCGAGUCCCCCUCGAGCUGCAGCGUGGAGUACGAGGGCUUGCAGGCGGCCCGGGGCGCGCACGGCCGCAGCUGGACCCACCGGCCGGUGCCGCGCGGGGGCCUCGGGGGCGCGGGCGCGUGGCCGCGGGUUCGAACCGCUCGGUCCCUUCCCGCGCGAGCGGCCGGGUGGGCUCCCGGACCCUGGCGGAGCGGAGGGCGCUGCGGCGGCGGAGACGAGGGGCUGCGUUUUUUACAUUAUGCCAGGGCUACACUUCUGUCUACUGCUACACCACCCGGAAUUCUGCAGGCAAAAAGCUGACCCGGCCUGACAAGGCAAAGACACAGGAUGCUGGCCACCGCCUUGGAGGAGAAGCAGCAGCAGGUGUCUAUGCAGGUUCCAAAAGUGGCAGGAAGCCCCCUGGACCUUCACCCUCGGCCUGCUGUCCCUCCACUACGGCCUAGGAGCUUGGAGUGGGGAGGACCAUGGUGGCAUCGUUGCCAAGGGUCUGGACACAGGCAUGCUGGAGACUGGACCUUGCUUAGGACUGAGGCUGGCCACAGUCUUGUCAGCGAUCACCUUCCCCACCCCUACUUGUGGUGUUGCCUCAACAUCCAAUAAAUGCUAAGGAGUGGAGCA